GAACAGAGCAGCUCUGAAUCAGGUGAUGAUCUGUAGCUUGUGUCUUAGUGUUUGCGGUCAUUCCUCUACAGCGACAGUGUGUGUGGAUGUGAAGAUGGAGCUGACUUUGCUCUGUGUACUGUCAUUAUUCUUGCUAAAUAUGAACAUCUACGGAAAUGAUGCUGGUUCCUAUAGAGUCUCUGUGACCAAACAACCCAGCUGGACUCAGACGUUCAGUGGUGAGAGCAUCACUCUCACAUGUGAGAUCCAUGGAGGUGGAGACGCUCAGUGGGAGUAUGAAUGGAGAACAAGCAACUCAAACCAACCUGAUGAUAAAACUGGUAAAGUGUUAAUGAUCAGAGCUGAUGAGUCUCACAGUGGAGACUACAGCUGCAGGGGCAGAAGAAACCAUGAGUCAACACAGUGGAGUGACAACAUCACACUGACAGUAACAUCAGAACCACCCAAAGCCAGACUGACUGCAGGUUCAACAACCAUAUCAGUAGGAGGCAGCGUGACACUGAGCUGCUCUGUGGACGGUUCUGAUGGAUGGAAAUACGACUGGUUCAGAUCAGCAGCUCUGAUUAGAACAAACAAUAACAGUAUUAGAAUCACAGAUGGAGGCAACUAUUACUGCAGAGGAGGAAGAGGAAACCCAGUUUACUACACACAGAACAGUGUCUCAGUCACUGUUGAUAAAACAGUUUCCAACAAGGCUGCUGUAAAAAGGCAGCAUGACUGGCCUGAGAUAUUCAAAGGAGAGGUGAUCACUCUGACAUGUGAGAUCCAGGCUGGAGGAGACACUGAGUGGGAAUAUGAAUGGACCCAAGGCAACGUAAGAAGAACUCCAGAUGGGAGGAAACUCUGGGUUUUCACUGCUUAUGGUUCCAGUAGUGGAAACUACAAGUGUAGGGGUCGACAGAAAACCAACAGUUAUUCCUUCACAGCAUGGAGUGAUGCUCUACGUUUGACAGUAACAGCGUUUAAACCAAAGGCUGAACUGAGAAGUGAUGAGACAGACAUCCCAGUAGGGGGCAGUGUGACGCUGAGCUGCUCUGUGACGUCAUCGUCUGGUUGGAAAUAUUACUGGUACAGACAUAAAUCCUCUGAGGUCCUGAUCACACAACAUGGUGAAACCAGUGUCUCUCAGGAAGGACUGUACUGGUGCAGAGGAGGAAGAGGAAACCCAGUUUACUACACACAGUACAGUGACUCAGUGAGGAUCAACAAAAAUGUCCUAAACAAGGUGGUCGUGACUCUUCAUCCCAACUGGACUCAGUUGUUCAGUGGAGAGACGAUCACUGUCAGAUGUGAGAUGGACGACAGAGGAGACACUGAGUGGGAAUAUGAAUGGAAAACACCCAGAACAACAAACACACAACAGAAUGAAGUCAACAUCAGCUCAGCUUCUUCAUCCCACAGUGGAAACUACAGCUGUAGAGGCAGAAUGAGAAACGCUCAACAUGACACAACAGAGUGGAGUCAAUCCAUCAGACUGACAGUCAGUGACAAUAAAGCCCAGUGUGUCCUCACAGCGUCUCCAUCUUGGCUGAGUCCUGGAGCCUCAGUAGCUCUGAGCUGUGAGGUUGAGCCUCCAUCUGCAGGAUGGAGGUUCUACUGGUACCAGACUGUUCCUGAUGGCUCACACAGCUCCUACAGAUAUGAGCUGCUACCUGGUAGUGAGCAUGGGACUGAACAGGGCUCCUACAUGCUUGAUGGACACACACACACAGCAGGAUAUGUGUGUAGAGCUGCAAGAGGAGAACCAGUGUAUUACACUGACUACAGCAAAGCAGCAUUCGUCUGGUCUGGAGAUGCUGAUCCGUCAGCGUCUCUCACGGUGAGUCCUGACACAGUUCAACACUUCACCCGUGACUCUGUGUCACUGAGCUGUGAGGGAAACUCUACUGAGUGGAGAGUCAGGAGGUUUCCUGAAGGAGGCUUCCUGUCAUCCUGCUCCAACUGGACAACAUCUGGAUCCAGAUGUGACAUCAUCACAUCACAGUCUGGUUCUGCAGUAGUCUGGUGUGAGUCUGGAUCAGGACACUUCAGUAACUCAGUCAACAUCACUGUUCAUGAUGCAGGUUUGAUCCUGAUGAGUCCUGUCCGUCCUGUGACUGAGGGACUCUCUGUGAGUCUGAGCUGUAAGUUGAAGACAGGACAAAAAGCUUCCAGUGUGUUUUUCUAUCACAAUGAGCAACUGAUCCAAAACGACAGCAGAGUAGAGCUGAACAUCUCUGCAGUGUCAAAGUCACAUGAAGGUUUCUACAAGUGUUGGUACCAAGGAACAGAGUCUCCACAGAGCUGGAUGGCAGUGAACGGAUUCAGUACUGAAGCUCCAUCAUUUUCUGCCUCCUUUAUUGUUGGACUGGUUGUUAGACUUUCAGUGAUUGUUUUCCUGCAGCUGCUGCUGUUGUGUGUUUGGAGAAACAUGAAAGCACACAGAAGUGUGAGCACUGAUAAAAGCUCUGCUACACAGCAAACAGUCAACCAGCUUGAACCUCAGCUUUACUCCUCUCUGCUCCACGGUGAUGUUUGUGUCUAUGAAUCAGUCAGAGGCUCUGGAAACAAUGAUGGUGGGACACAUGAUGAUACAGAGGAAGAUCAUGAUUACAACAACGUGGAUCCAAAUGCAGCCACAGUGCGGGGUCGCGGGGUGCUAGAGCCAAUCCCAGCUGGCUAUGGGCGAGAGGCAGGGUACACCCUGGACGGGUCGCCAGUCCAUCGCAGGGCAACACAUAGACAGACAACCAUUCACUCACACACUCACACCUACGGGCAAUGGAGAGAAGCCAAUCAACCUAAUGCACGUCUUUGGACUGUGGGAGGAGAACCCGGAGAGAACCCACGCAAACACGGGGAGAACGUGCAAACUCCACACAGAAAGGCACCAGAGCCGCCGGGAAUCGAACCCAGAACCUUCUUGCUGUGAGGCGACAGUGCUACCCACCGUACCAUCGUGCCGCCCAUGUUUAAUGUCAUUUUGUCAUUUUAUACAGAUUCAUAAAGAAAAGUUGAUCAGAACAAGAACCACAAGUGUUCUGUUAACAACAUGCUGAGACUGUUUACAGCAUUUAUAAAGUUACUGUUUUCAUCAGAGCAGUGUUAAACAGGUGAUAAUAUAUAGAAUAAUUCGAUGUGACACAUGUAGAAGAUCCAGUAGUAGCUGAAAGUCGUCAAAAGAAACCAGCUUCACUAAAAACAGCCAAAGCUUCAGAACUCAGAUUUAGCUUUGUCUGUGGCUGCAACAACAAAUCCAUGUCAUCAUCAACAAUAAUGGGUGACAGAAAUAAUGGAUAACGGAUGCAGCAGCGGUAACAAACACUGUGCAUCCAUCCUGUGAAGACGCUUCAUUAAUUCUGCUGUGUAAAAAGUUACUUUCUUACCUCAGUUGUUCCGCAGCGACUUGCGAGCGUGAGACGGCUCCGCAAUCGCUACAUAGUCAUUAACGGCGUCACCAUAGAUUAAGUCAACAACCGUGCAGACACUACAUGUAAAAGCAGCAAAUAACAGCAGCUUUAACACAUGAGGAUGUGUUUUUAGUGGUUGUGGCCCCAGAGCCAGAAGGAGCCGGGGGUCUUUGGUGUUUCCAUGGUAACAAAAUAAUGGCUGGCUGCAGCCCCAGCUUUAUCAUUUCAUGUGUCAUAAUAUAAUGUAUGUUUGCUCUUAAUAUUGUUGAAGUGUGAUUCGUUAUGUUUAUUUCAGUAUAGUCUGAAACAUUAUUAUGUUCAGCACAUUAAUGUUAAAGUUCAUCGCCUGGUGGAUCGAAGUUACUUUAGAUGCUUUUUUUUUCUUUGUUAAUUUUAGAUUUGGACUGUUGACAAAUAUAUUUUAGAUUUACUGGAUAAUGUUACGUAUGUUAAUGAUGUUAAUUGAAGCAUGGCAUGUGAUCUGACUGAGUGGCUCUGUAAAUAACCUACACACAAGCAGUGAAGUAAACACCAUAUAAAAUAU